UUAAUUUUUGUCUCGCAAUCCUGGUCAGUCAGAAAACCAUUUGUGCAUGAUCAUUCUACUCUCAAGCCAUGCUAGCAUCGCCCAUUUGGCCACCAGCCACAACCUAUGUCACGAUAUUGAUUACUAUGAGCAUAGCCGUGGCUGACUGUUAUCAUGGGGGUCGCCUUUUCAUAAGGCAAGUUCGAAUAUGAUGAUAUUAAAUGAAGCUAUAAAAGUCUGUUGAAGAACAGUGGUUUCAAUAUGUAUUAUCAGCAUUAACAUUUUACAUUUACAACACCUGACUUUACUAUAUAUACCCAUCAUCUAAGCGCACUGUCCCUGAGCAUCUCCCAUCUUUUACUAUUUUAUACAAAGUUUCCUCACCUUCCCACGUCCACAAAAGAUCCAGUGAUGGAUAAGAGCAAUGUUUUGCUGGCCAUGGCCAUGAUCGGCUGCGUUUUUCCCACCGCCGUGCUAUCGCGACCUUUGGAACCCUCGACGCGUGAAUUUUCCACAUCACGCAUUUUGCCAAGAGGCACGAAGAAAAUCCCCAGCGUAUGUAAUAACAAGCUAGGGAUGCCAAAUCUCAACUUCCCUUCGACCACGGAUCUCCUCCGAUUACACCCGGAUACGGUUACUUACGGCUACAUGGCGAAUGAGGUGAUACUUCGACCUUUGAACGUCCAGGAAAGGGAAGAUCUCCGAGAUGCGGACCAGAAUGCCAUUGCAUCUGAGCACGUUGAGGAGGUUGAGGAACUUACGGGCCCAGCCGGCUUCAUGAACGACCUGCCGAAGCUAUUUCCCGGUACCAACAUUGCUGGUACAGGCAAGGACAUAUGCUCGUACCUGGCGAUGUUCUGGACCAAUGAGAUUGCGCAAUUGAUAGUGAACUCGUUCCCAAACAACCAACAACACACAAAGGAGCUUGUUUUGUUAACAAAGCCGGUCAACACGCAAAAAAUGGUAAUUAUGAAUCCAGAAAAUGCAAACGCUCUCGCUACCAGCAGGGGUGAAAACGCAGCAAAAACUACGGAUAAAUUCCCAGAUACAAUUAUUCCUCUUGUGGCAAGCUUUGAUUAUAUAUUAAAAUUUGUAAGGGACAUUCUCUUGGUCCAGAACGAUCGAAUUGGUACCAACUUACAAGCAGCGGACAUGAAAAUAGCAUCGAUGCCGAUGCCAGGCAGAGCUAAGACAUCCGAACGGAGAGAAGUUUUGAACCUGAGAAAGGAGUGGUUGCAAUGGCAUGCCAAAAAGCUGACGGCUGCUGGUGACAAAGGGCUACAAAGCAUCCAGGCUUGGGCCACUGCCUUUAAAGUCACCCCAACGAUCACUGGAAGCACCAUUACAAACGCCGUUGAAAAAGGCGGCUUGCCCCAAGGUGUAAGCCCCGAUAUGCAGCAGCUAAACACCGGUCAAAAGCGACCGAACAUAGCCUCGGCUGCAAGCAAUGAGGCAAUGCAGCCCUUGCAAAAGAAUGCCAAGAUUACUCCCGGAUCGGUAGCCCAGAACAGGAUGGAACUGCUUGGCGCUUAUCUGAUGGAAAAAGAGAAGGGUUAUGACUGGAUCACCAGAACCAAGAACAAGUGGGCCCUGAUGGUUAAACAGGCUCAAAUGGGACAGGUUGGACGGCUGGCCAACACCGGCGUUGGCGCAGUAAUGGCAGUGAGUCACGCUCAAACUCUGGCGACCAAGGAGGCACAAGCGGGAGGCUCCGGGAGACCGAGUUCCGCUGGUUCCGCUGGUUCCGCUGGUGCCGCUGGUAGACGCGGCAGCACUGGCUCUGGUGGCCCGCAGCAAUAAUUGGUUUUUUUUUUUUUUUUGAAAUUUUUUGUACUGAGAAAAAGCAUAUAUAAGAUUUGGGA